GGAUCAGAAUUAUUGAUAAAAGAAUAUAAUGGCUGUAAAUGCUUAAGACAAAAUAUAAACAGGCUUCAUACGGUGGGAAAAAAAACAACAACAAAAAAAAAACAACAAAAAACAGAUUAUUCGAGAACGGAAAGUUAUCAUUAUGCCUCACGGUAAUCGUCAUGGGAGACAAGGAUUUAAGGGUGGCAGAAGAAGUGGAGGGGGAGGAGGUGGUGGAGGAUAUCGAAAUGACAGAAAGGGUGGAUUUGGGGGUAGAGAUUAUGAAGAUAGAUUUAACAGAGGAGGAGGUAACUGGGAUGAUGGAGGGUUUGGGGGUGGAGGUUUUGGAGGGAGAAGUAUGGGAGGCAAGAGACAUGUAAUGGAGGAAAAUUGGAACAUGAUGAACCAAGAGCCUAGAAGACCAACUUUACCAAAGGGAAAUCCAGACUAUUGGGAAUAUAAAGACACUGCCAGUGACAAUGAAGAGUGUUCAGAAGUCGAACCCAAAAGACCAAGAUUAGAAGUCGAAGAUGGUCUUCUACCAGGUGCUGAAAAUGUAACAUGUGUUAUGCCAGUUCCUAAACCUCCUGUUCAAAGUGAAGAGGACAAAAAACCGAAACCACUUUUAGAUAGUCCAAUGUUUGAUGAAUAUUAUGAAUACUUUGAUGGUGGUCCAGUUUUACCUACUGCUCUAAACCCAAAACCACUUGACCAAAAAUCUGAUGCUCCUGGACCAAGAGAUGAAUUUUGGGAUACUGAUAUAAGAAAUGGGAUGUCACUUGAGGAUAUGAGAUAUAGAAUCAUCCCAGGGGAGCCAAAAUAUUUUGAAGGUCCCGGUCCUAGGUCAACCGAAUUAAUAAGAAUAGGACAAGAUGGUCGCAGAGUUUCGCCAGAAGAAAAGAUGUUUGUUUUUGUUCAAAUUCUUCUCAGAACUCCAUUUAAGAAAUCGGCAGUAGAGGUAAUGGAGAUAGCACGUGGUAAAAUGAACAAGAAGCAGGCAAUAUGUUUGAAUUUUCAAAUAACUCCAGAGGACGACGACAGUGACAAUUAUCAGUGUCAGUUCAGCGCAGCAGGAUUUAAGAUUACAACCACAGAAGGCUCAACUAAAGAAGAAGCCAAAACUUCAGCUGCAGAACAGGGUCUUUAUAUUCUGAUGACCAAAACCUUUAAUGAAAUAUGUCCAAGUAAUUACUAUCAAACCCUAGAUGACGGCAACUACGAGACCAAAGUUAGGACAAAAGACGACCCAAAAGAAACCAAAGCUGCAGUUGAAAACAAAGAUGACCAGACUACUGAUGAAACCAAGGCAUCCAUAAAGACAGACGAAAAAGAAGAAAAGGACGAGAAAGAAGAUAAAGAGAUGGAAGAAGAAGGAGAAAAAGAUGAGAAUACAGAGAAAGAUGAAAAUGAAGAAAAUACAGAGAAAGAUGAGAAUGAAGAAAAUAAAGAGAAAGAUGAGAAUACAGAGAAAAAUGAAAAUGAAGAAAAUAAAGUAACAGAUGAGAAUGAAGAAAAGGAUGAGAAAGAAGAAAAGGGUGAAAAUGAUGAAAAUAAAGGAAAAGAAGGAAAGGAUAAUAAAAGGACAUCGGAGCAUAAGAGACAUGAACAAAGAGGAAAGAAAAGCCCAACUUGGAGAAGUCCCAAACUUAUUAUUCGACUACAGAUUAUGAAGAAAAUCAUGGAAGAAACACUAGCUAGAAAUUGCUAUUCUGAUAUGGAGGCUGUUGCUUAUACAUGUGAAGUGGCACUUUGCAUUGUUUGCUAUAAAAGAUAUCGCUUCUCGGGUGGAUCAGAUCCAAUGAAAUGUGAUAUGUAUGCAGAUGAGAUGUAUCUUGGAACUGGCAGUGGAUCAAACUUUGAAGAAGCCCUGUUUGAAGUUUAUAUGUCAGCUAGAGACAAUCUAAUCAGAACAUCGGUUCACUCGCUUCUAAUGAACAAUAAACGAUUAUCAGAACUUGAUAGAAAUGAUCCCAAGAUUCUCGAUAUUAUUUACAGAGGCCAUUAUCAAGAAAUUGGAUCUAAUCGAGGAAGUUUGAAAACUUUUGAGGUCUAUCCACCAGACUUAGAUAAAUCAACUGAUGAAGUUAUCAUCCUGCAGUCUGAAGAUAAACACACAACACCAUUCCGUAUAUUAAAAAGUAGUAUAACACAGUCUGGGUUAUUGAUCGAAUGGGUACUCUCAGCAAAAGAUGACCAUUCUGCUUGCAGGUGCUUAGUCUACCUACAAGGGAAAAGAAUUGUAGAUGUAAGAGGGCCAACCAAGUUCAAGGCAAAGAAUGCAGCAUCUGAAAUGAUAUUGAAAGGAUUUAAUGCUACACAUUCAGUGAUCAGAUGUUCUCCCAUGGAAUUCUCAGAACCAACAUUGUCAAUGGAAAACCUAAAACAGCAAGCCAGAGAGUUGUGUGAUGAACAGAAUAUUAUCACUGAUGAAGAACUAACACCAUGGAUGCAUAAAGUUUUAGAAAAACUUAUAGAUGAAAAGUUGGAAGGAGAUACUUUAGAUCUAAUUAUACUGUGUGAAGAUAUUGGUGGUAAAUUAAGAAAGUUCAUCAGAAGUUAUGCAGACUCCAAGAAAUAUCUAGCCAGGGAGCGUCCAUCUGAUACAAGAAAAAAUCUUAUUAUACAAAAGAGACUGUUUACAGCCAAGGAAAUGGUAGAUAUUCUGGAAUUAAAUAACUACGAAAGUGGUAAAUUUAAAUUGAUUCAGAAGCGAGAUGGGGAUAUACUAACAAAAUAUUGGACUGAGGAUGGAAGUAUGAAACUUGAUGUCCCUGAAUCCAUUAAUAUUUCUGAUAUUCAACAAGAGGAAGAAAUGCCAUUAGAUGAUAGGCGUGCAAGUAAAGGGCACUCAGAAACAGAGUAAAAACUUUUUAUUAUAAAAUUUUAAUGAUACAUUUUUCACUGGAUUUGUGUGUCUACAAGACUUGCAAAGAUUUACAGACUUUUCUUUUCAUCUGCUAGCUAACAAUAUUUUUUUUCUCACAAAAUUCAUAUACCAGAAACUUGGAUUACAAAAAUAGUUUUAACACUGGGUUAAGAAAAUAGUUUUAACAUUGGGUCAAGAAAAUAGUUUUAACAUUGGGUUAAGAAAAUAGUUUUAUACAAUGUUAUUUUUUUGUCAAUCAUUUAUUAUUUCAAAAUGAAUACGAAGUACAGUGAUCAUUGAAAGACAUUGUAGCGAAUUUAAAAAUAUAUGACUAAUGUAUGCCAUUCUUGAAUAUAUAUAAAUUGUGUCUACUAACAGUACCCAGAUUUAUGUGAAGAGCUUUUAGAUAAAUAGAUAAUCUCCAGCGAGUCUUUUUUGAUAUAAAAAAAUAUGGACUUGUGAUAAUAUUAGAAAUGAAGAGAAGUAGAUUUUAUUUAUCACCCAAUCCUUUCUUACAUGCAUAAAUAAAUAUAAUUCUUUGCUAUAGAUUUGACUUUUACUGAACCUGAUUACAUUACGGCGUAGUGAUACAUCAUUUUUUGACAGCAAUUCAACCAUUGCAGUCCUUUAUAUUGACCCAGUGUUUCCAUGAAAGUCAAUUAAAUAAAAAAUAGUUCCUUUUAAUAAGAAAGAAGUUAUUUUUAUUAAAAAUUGAACUGUUCUUUGAAAAUAAAAAAAGUAGUUCCAUUUUGAUUGACCAAUCAAAUUCAUGUAAAGCGAUGUCUCCUAAGGAGCUAUAUCGUAGUAGAUUAUGAAAUUUAUCAGACAAGCAACAUCUACUGUAGAAUGUAUUAUUGGGUGAUAAUUAAAGAUAAUUAUCAAAUGUUUAGGGACUACUGUCAAAAUAUUGUUUAUUCAGCAGACUUGAAUUAGGUAGAAAGACAUAUAAAUCAAAGUUCAUUAAAUUCAAGGAUAUUUUAAAAUAAUGCAUACCCUACAUGUGUAUUUUGUAGUCAAAUGAAUUCAUUCUCAUCAUUGUAAAAUAAAACUUCAGCCAGAUAAA